UAAAAAUUAUUUAUUAUUAAAAAUAAAUAGAUAUUAUUCGCUUAGCUGUAAUACAUAUUUUAGCAAAACUAAUAACAUGUCUGGCGAGGCGAAAAAGUAGCUGUCCUUAUAAGGAAGAAUUAUUUACACGUCCUGAUUGGGCCGGUUAUCGAAAUGCUUUGCGGAAAUGGCGAAAACAAUGUAAACUAACUGCAAUUCCAAAAAUAAUCUUGCCAUUAAACAAAUAUGGCCAGUUUUUUAUUAAUGAUAGAUCAGAGAUUAAAAACCGGAAAAAAGAUAUUUCCACUGAGCAUCUUGAAGAAAUUAGUAUGAACGAAUUGCAAAAAGUUUCCUCAACUACGUACGAUCAGAAAGGUAAAAAUAGAUGAAUUAAAUACAGAAUAUGUAGUAGACUUUUAAACAUAGCGAUUAGUUGGUGUAUUUUAACAGCAUAAUAAGUAAAUAUAAAUUGAUUAAAGUAUCAAUUCUCUCGUAAAUAAAUGUAAUAAAUAUUGUUCAACAUAUAAACUUCAAAGAUUCCUCAAGAGAACAAAGUGUGGAAACGGUAAAAUCAGCAACUUUUAACAUUUUUCGAUCGCCAGACGAUGGCAAAAAAUUUAGUUCUACGACUAGGAAUCUUAGAGAAAAAUCAGGAACCAUGGAAUAUAAAAUUUACGGCCCGCCGAAACCGCCAGGAGCGGGCCAAAAAUCCUGGCUAGGAAAGAAGGACGCUCAUUACAUGAUAGCUGGCGUAUCCAAGGAUUCACAUGAUUACCCUGUAACUUAUGAAAUCACGGGCGUGGCCAAUGUGACACCAAGCAACAGCGACGAGAAAUUCUUCGCAGUGCUAAAACUCGACCAAUUUAAAAAGGUUUUGCCCAGUGGCAGAGAAAAUCUGUCAAUAAACUGGCAAGAAUGGUUGCAAAAUGCUGAUGAAGACUAUAGACAGUUGGAGGAAGAAGCUGAUGAGUUAGUAAAAAAUGUACAGACAACUAUAAAAUCGGCAUUUCCUGGCCCCGUUUGCGAUAGUUGCUGCUCAUGUCGACAGACAAGAAAGUUUGAUGAAAAAUUGCAACAAAGCGAGAGUGACGAGACGUUGAUUAAUGCAGAGCAGAAUGGAGAGAAAAAUACGUGAGAGAUUAUUAUAAAGGCUAGAUUUAGAUAGUGUUUU